AGUCCCCUAAUUUAUCAAUGAAAUGGCUCUUUCUUCCAUUACCAGUAGCGUCACUCGCUUCUCAGCUCACCAUCUCUCGUCUUCCUCCUCCACUCUUCUCUGCCUCAACCGCAUCAAUCCAGCAUUCAUCUGGCUCGUCUCCACUAAGAUUCACCACCAUCACCAUAACCGGAGCUCCAAGAAACUAAUGGCUACUUCAUCACUACCUCCAGAACAGGCGGCCAAGCAAGAAACAACCACGCCCGCCACGGAGCCGUACGGCUCCUGGAGAUCGCCGAUCACCGCCGACGUCGUCGCCGGCGCAUCCAAGCGCCUCGGGGGAGCCGCCGUCGACGCCCGUGGUCGCCUCAUUUGGCUCGAAUCCCGCCCCAAUGAAGCAGGACGAGCGGUUCUUGUGAGAGAAGCCGAGAAGCCGGGGGAUGAGGCGGUCGAUAUUACGCCCAAGGACUUCGCUGUACGGACGGUGGCUCAGGAGUACGGUGGUGGAGCUUUCACGGUCUCUGGGGAUACUGUCGUUUUCGCUAAUUACAAGGAUCAGAGACUCUACAAGCAGCUCAUAGACUCCAAAGAUUCUUCUCCCAAACCACUCACCCCAGAUUAUGGUGGACCCGUAGUGAGUUAUGCUGAUGGAGUGUUUGAUACACGCUUUAAUCGAUUUGUUACUGUCCGGGAAGAUCGUCGUGAAAGUAGCACAAAUGCAACCACAGAAAUUGUAACGGUUAGGCUGGGAGGUGAUGAUAUUCAGGAACCAGAAGUACUAGUGGGGGGAAAUGACUUCUAUGCCUUCCCUCGCAUAGACCCAAAAGGUGAACGAAUGGCAUGGAUUGAAUGGAGUCAUCCGAACAUGCCUUGGGAUAAAUCAGAACUUUGGGUCGGCUAUAUUUCUGACAAUGGGGAGAUCUACAAGCGCAUCUGUAUUGCUGGCUUUGAUCCUGAAGUUGUGGAGUCUCCAACUGAACCGAAGUGGUCUUCUAGUGGGGAGCUAUUUUUUAUUACAGAUAGAAAAAGUGGGUUUUGGAAUCUUCAUAAAUGGGUUGAGUCUGACAACAAGGUGGUAUCAGUUUAUUCCUUGGAUGCAGAAUUUUCAAAACCACUGUGGGUUUUUGGUAUAAAUUCUUAUGACCUGAUUCAGAGUUACCAAGGAAAAAGAUUGAUUGCUUGCAGCUACAGGCAGAAAGGAAGGUCAUAUCUUGGAAUUUUGGAUGAUGCUCAGAGCACCAUGUCUUUAGUUGAUAUUCCUUUCACAGACAUGGAUAAUAUUACUUCAGCAGAGCAUUGUCUAUAUGUGGAGGGAGCAUCUGCAAUUCACCCAUCAUCUGUUGCAAAGGUGGUAUUAGAUGAGCAUAAGUCAAAAGCAGUUGAAUUCAAGAUUAUUUGGUCCUCUUCCCCUGAUUGUUUAAAAUACAAGUCAUAUUUCAGCCUACCUGAGUUAAUUGAAUUUCCUACUGAAGUUCCAGGCCAAAUUGCCUAUGCAUACUUUUACCCACCGACUAAUCCUGAUUACCAAGCUGGUCAAGGGGAAAAGCCUCCAUUGUUAUUGAAAAGCCAUGGAGGCCCCACAGCCGAAACACGUGCAGCGUUGAAUCUGAAUAUCCAAUAUUGGACUAGUCGGGGUUGGGGAUUUGUUGAUGUUAAUUAUGGUGGAAGCACUGGUUAUGGCAGAGAAUAUAGGGAUCGACUCUUGGGGAAAUGGGGGAUUGUGGAUGUCGAUGACUGUUGUAGUUGUGCCAAAUUUUUGGUGGAUUCCGGAAAGGCAGAUGGAGAAAGGCUAUGUAUUACUGGGGGUUCAGCAGGUGGAUAUACAACCUUAGCUGCACUUGCAUUCAGAAACACAUUUAAAGCUGGAGCUUCAUUGUAUGGCGUAGCUGAUCUAAACUCGCUGAGAGCAGAAACUCACAAAUUUGAAUCUCACUACAUUGAUAAACUUGUUGGAAGCGAGAAGGACUAUUUUGAGAGGUCACCAAUAAAUUUUGUUGAUAAAUUUUCUUGCCCCAUAAUCUUAUUCCAAGGAUUGGAGGAUAAGGUUGUACCCCCUGACCAAGCUAAGAAAAUAUAUCAGGCAUUAAAAGAAAAGGGUUUGCCUGUUGCUCUCGUGGAAUAUGAAGGGGAGCAACAUGGUUUCCGGAAGGCUGAAAACAUCAAGUUCACAUUGGAACAACAAAUGGUUUUCUUUGCACGACUUGUUGGACACUUCACGGUUGCAGAUGAGAUUACUCCAAUCAGAAUUGAUAACUUUGACUAAGCAGUAAGCACUUGGCACAGUGGUAUAUUAUUCUACUUCUCAGGGCACUCCUAUAAGGAAGUUAUAGGUUCGCUUGUUUAAGAGUUGGCGAUGCCAUUUGAUACGGUCAAUAAUCGAAGUUUUCAGGAGUUUUUUCAUUGGUGUCAUGUCUGAGCUUUAAAUAAGAUUGAAAUUUUGGGCGCUAAUCAAUAGAAUACAGUUGCUUUCGGUGCGUAACUUCCAACUUUAAUGUA